AUGUCCACCGCCAACUCCGUCAACGACACCCAACUCGGCCUCAGCACCCACGAAGUCCAACUCCUCCGCUACCACCAAACCGCCGCCCUCCAACAGUCCGCCCCCCAAUCCACCUCCUCCCGCGCCGCCUCCGCCGCCUCCUCGCAGGGUCGCCUCCUCCUCGACCCUUCCUCCCUCGCCGCCCUCUCCGCCCACCUCGACCGCGUCAUCCACGAGAUUCAGCGCCGCUGGGCCGCCCUGCACGCGCAGACCCAGCAGGCCACGCAGCUGCAAUACGACCGCGCGGGCAACGUCGUCGGCGACGCGGACGCCGCCAUCGAGCAGUUUCAGCAGCUGUGCGACCAGAUCGAGGAGCUGCAGAUGGAGUUUGAGAAGAUCAAGCGGAUCGGGGAGAUCGUGAAGGGGUAUCGGGCGAGGGUGGAGGCGUUGGAUAGGAGGGUGGGGAGGUAA